AGUGGCCCCUGGCCUCCACAGCUGACCACAUGAAGGUGGUUUCUAGCCUCUUACUUCCUGUCCUUCUGGCAGAGGUGUGGCUGGUGACUAGUUUUAAUCUCAGCUCCCCUUUCCCAGAGUCCCAAGCAGAGCUGGAGUCUCAGGAUCGUCGGAAUCAGACUUGGGAGGACACAAGGACUGUCCUCAGUGAUGGUGAUAAUGAUGAUGAUGACGAUGAUGCAGAGGAGGAGGAGGAGCAUUGGCUGAGGACCAGCCAGCAGCAGCUCUCCAAUGAGACUUCAAACUUUGGCUUCAGCAUGCUCCGAAAGAUCUCCAUGAGGCAUGAUGGCAAUGUGAUCUUCUCACCAUUUGGCCUGUCUGUGGCUAUGGUGAACUUGAUGCUGGGGGCCAAAGGAGAGACCAAAGUCCAGGUGGAGAAUGGACUCAACCUACAGGUUCUGAGCCAUGCAGGACCCCUGGUCCUCCCAGCCCUCUUCAAGAGGCUCAGACAGACCUUCUCUCGCAACCAGGAGCUGGACCUCACCCAGGGCAGCUUUGCUUUUGUCCACAAGGACUUCGAGGUUAAAGAGACCUUCCUCAAUCUAUCCAAGAAGUAUUUUGAUACAGAGUGUGUGCCUACCAAUUUUCAAAAUUCCUCACAGGCCAGAGGGCUCAUGAACCACUACAUUAACAAAGAGACUCGGGGGAAAAUUCCCAAACUCUUUGAUGAGAUUCAUCCUGAAACAAAGUUAAUUCUGGUGGACUACAUCUUAUUCAAAGGGAAGUGGCUGACUCCAUUUGACCCCAUCUUCACUGAGGAUGACACUUUCCACCUGGACAAAUACAAGGCAAUUAAGGUGCCCAUGAUGUACCGGGAAGGUAACUUUGCCUCCACCUUUGAUAAGAAGUUCCGUUGUCACAUCCUUAAACUGCCCUACCAAGGAAAUGCCACGAUGCUCGUGGUCCUCAUGGAGAGAACAGGUGACCACUUGGCCCUGGAGGACUAUCUGACCAUUGACCUCGUGGAGACAUGGCUCCAGAAUAUGAAAACCAGGAAAAUGGAGGUCUUCUUUCCCAAGUUUAAGCUGAACCAGAGGUAUGAGAUGCACAAGCUGCUCCAGCAGAUGGGAAUCAGGAGAAUCUUCUCCACCUCAGCUGACCUCGGCGAACUCUCAGCCAUGACAAGAAAUCUUCAGGUGUCCAAGGUCUUACAACAGUCAGUGCUUGAGGUGGAUGAGAGGGGAACUGAAGCAGUGACAGCGACGCUGUCAGAGAUUGUCGCUUACACCAUGCCUCCUGUCAUCAAAGUGGACCGGCCUUUUCACUUCAUGAUCUACGAGGAGAUGUCCAGGAUGCUCCUGUUCCUGGGCAGGGUAGUGAACCCGACUGUCCUGUGACUCAGGUGUGUGCAUGUAAGGGCUCUGUCACUGCAGGUGCAGAGCCAGAGGUAUCUGAACCACAGGACACUGGGGGUGGGUGGUAAAGGAUGUGUCCCCUGUGCCCAUCCAGUUUGUUGCGGCUGUUCUCUGAUUAACACAGAAAUUAAAAUGACUCGUGCCUUAAGGAGGCA